AUGAUAAAUAAAUUAACACCACAAACAUAUGAUCAAUUACAAAAACAAUUUUUAGCUUUAGAUUUUGAUUCUUAUGAAAAACUAGAAGGAAUGAUUAUGAUAUUGCAUUCUAAAGCUAUUGAUGAACCACAUUAUAGUUUUCUAUACGCAAAAUUAUGUAAACAACUUCGAAAAAAACAUGUGAAUGUCACAGAUAAACAUGGUAGAUUAAAAAAACACACGCUUGGUCCAUGA